GAGAGCCCUUGGAAAGCAGCGGUGUUCCUCGUGUAGCAGGCGCUAUUAUCAAGCUUUUAUGUGAUUUGAGUUACUAGCUAUUGAUGGAAAAUAAAUGCACGGUAGAUAUGGAGCGGGGCUUGCUAUCUGUUGCGUUGUUUGAUUUGGUUUCCCUUUAUGGUUCUGAUUUCAUGGGGCAGCGCGGAGCCGCGGGAUAUCUGGGGUCGCUUAUGGUCGCUUCUAUCUGCGCGGACAGAUAUCAGCGAUCGUUAAUGUCAUUUUAAUCAAUGCCGCGUCAAUCAGAAUGAUACAGGUGAAAUAUGACUGAUGAUACUGGGCGAUUGUUGAACUUUUCCCGAGGCCUUUUAUCGUGCGUGGUUGAGCGAGCAUUCAUUUAACUCACAUCAAAUUACGAUUAUUUUUGUUCGGGGGGUUGGCGAAAUAAAAAGUGGCUUAUGACAGAAAAAAUGGGUCAAACAUGUAAAAAUUCCAGUGUCCUUGAAACUUUGACCUGCUUGAGGGGCUUCGCUUUUUUUUCUGCUCUCACAUUAACUCAAGAAAUUCUCCAUUUAUUUCAAUCACAGGACAGGAAUCUCCACGAGAUUUUUCUUAAGUCAAAAAGACGGGGGAAAAAAAUCCUCAGGAGACGAAUUUUACGCGUCUUCGGGCGUGGACAGCAUCGCCUCUACAGGACUAAGACCAGUCUAAGAAAUCCUCCACAUACUUUUCCAUAUUCCUGCCAGAACAUAAAAGCGGUGAAAAUGUAUCAGAGCCUGGCCUUGUCCUCCAACCAGUCCCCUUACGCGCAUGACACCGGGAAUUACAUCCACCCGUCGGCCAGCUCUCCGGUCUACGUCCCCACCACCAGAGUCCCAGCGAUGCUGCCCACCCUGUCCUACCUGCAGUCUUGCGACUCGCCCCACCAGUCCCACGGCCUCGGUGGGCACCACGGCUGGCCCCAGACCGGCACGGACGGCUCCUCCUUCACGCCCAGCAGCCCUCACCCUCAUCACGGCUUCUCCUACUCGCACAGCCCGCCCGUCAGCAGCAACACCGGCCGGGACGCGACCUAUCAGAGCCCGCUGGUCCUUGGAAACGGCGCACGGGCGGAUCAGUACGGAAGCGCUCUGGUGCGCUCGGUCGGAGGCUCCUAUUCCAGCCCCUACGCUUACGUGAGCCCGGAGAUGGCGACGUCUUCCUGGACCCCGGGACCCUUCGAGAGCGGAGUGAUAAGUCUGCAGGGCCGGCAGGGCGGUCUGUCUGGAAGAAGGUCCAGUCUGGACCUGAUGGACGACAUGUGCACAGAGGGCCGAGAGUGCGUCAACUGCGGCUCCGUGUCCACGCCUCUGUGGCGCAGGGACGGCACCGGGCACUACCUGUGCAACGCCUGCGGUCUCUACCACAAGAUGAAUGGCAUCAACAGGCCGCUCAUCAAGCCCCAGAAACGACUGCAGACCACACCCCGCCGAGCCGGCCUGUGCUGCACUAACUGCCACACCAGCACCACCACACUGUGGAGGCGCAAUGCAGAGGGAGAACCUGUCUGUAACGCAUGUGGCCUCUAUAUGAAAUUGCAUGGGGUGCCCAGACCUCUGGCCAUGAAGAAAGAGAGCAUUCAAACCAGGAAACGCAAACCCAAGAUGCCCAAAAAUAAAACAUCCACAGGAGGAUCCACCACCUCGGGCACCAGCUCCCCAACCUCCCUCUCAGUCUCAGAACACGCCUCCACCAUUAAGAGCGAACCCAACAUGGCCCCUUCACCCUACGCUGGCCAGACGGUCACAUCCGCCACUCAGUCUCUUUCCUGCAUACAGACGGCUCCUCAGUUAGACAGCACAGGAUCAGGACAUGUGGACAUUAAAUAUGAGGAUUAUCCCUUUACCCCGACCUCCAUGGCUCCACAGAACUCCUGGUGCGCUCUUUCUCAAGCUUGAGCUUCAACCCAUGGCACUGCCAUACUGACAGUACACAACUCACUUUGGCUUCGGAAUGGGGGCCAUCUCUCCGUCCUGCAGCUAUCCCUUGGGGAUUCUGGAGCUGUGGAGAAACAGCGUUGUAUGAGCAUCAAAUGGGCCUUAUGCAGUAUCUGAUGGCUACAUGUGUUCGCACUCACUUGACCUGAGGACAUCUAAUCUGCUGGCUAUAUUAUAUACUGUACUGUGUCACACUGGCCCCCGUAACUGACACAGCUCACCUGGACCAUACCCAUAACCCUGGAUAGCAGUUUUGCCAAGGGAUGAGUGUGUAUUAUCCCCAGCACACUGACUCAGCAGCUCAGCCGGAGCAAAGAACACAGUUGAACCAGGACUGACCCCAGCUCUCCUGAACUCACGUCCAGCAGGCCACAUUUCCUCAACACGUCGACAAGAGCUACCUAUUAGUUAAAGAAUUCUCUGUUUUUGGAGAAAACACUACACUAAAUAUAUCACUGCUAAGACAAUCGAGCGGAAUGUAAAAAUACAAUAUCUCAGAAACAGCAACAUUAUAGUGGAUGAGCUUGUUAGUUAAAAGUUUUCAUUGCUGCCAUUACUUUCUAUGGUGUUUUCAAGAACAUAUUGAGAAGACUUUCAACAUUUUAUUGUCAUCGCAGGCAGAAAACCGUAAAAUUGACAGAAAAUACCUUUUUCAAUGCUGUUGAACAUGUCUCAUUACCAACAUGUAGAUUAUUAACUUUUAUAGACACAUUAUUUAUGUUGAGAUAAGGACAGUUAAAAAGUUAUAGUGGACACUAAAACCAGCCAGUUAUAACCCACUGCUCACUGUUGUAGAUUGAAUGCUGUGUUGUAUGGCCUCUAAGAUAUGACACUUAGAUUAUAUGUAUGAUUAUAAGUUUUUACAAGAUACAGCAGGUGUAAACUGCAUCUUGUAAGAUUCAUUGGAAAAUCAGGACCAGUCAUUUUGAUUCUGACAUCAUGACUACAUUUUAGAAGUUUAUCAUUUUACUGUUUUAAGAUUAAUGAAAUGACUCAAUUUCCUUUCCAAAAAUUGAAGGCAGAACACAAAGAGUGAGAAAUUAUUCUAAACAUAUUAAUCUAAUUUAAUUGUCUGUAUUUUGCCAUUAUGUAAGGGAAUUUUAUUGUUAUACUGUUCUUAAGAACUCUGUUUUCUUUCUUUUCCAAUGCUCUUUGGAAUCUGUUCAGGUUAAUAAA